CGGCCCGGGCCAGGAGCUGGUGUUCGUGCGCUGGGCGGACCUGCCGGCCGGGGAGCUCGGCGGCUCGCUGCAUGAGGACCUGACGCGCCUCUGCAACACUUACAACCCCCGGACGCGCGCCGUCACGCUGGUCGUGCUAGAGGUGCUGAGCGAGGCGCCCUCGGACGACGGCGUGGUCAUGUGGGAGCGCCAGCUCGUGUCCAGGGUGUUCAAGGUGCACCUGUUCCGGGAGGACGAGCUGGACAGCACGCUGGUCUUGGUGGGCGCGCUGGCCGCGCACAUGGGGGCGCGCUCCGCCGUGCUCAGGAACAUCAUUAGGGCGGUGGGGCAGCGCGGCCUGGACCUGCGCGACGAGGAGCACGCCGACGCCUUCCUCUGCGUCAAGGAGUUCGUCGACGGGCGCGGCCUGGUGCCCAUCACGGUGGACCUGGAGCUGCAGGGCGGCGGCCGCCUCCUGGUCGUGCUCGUCCCCAACGUGCCGCCAGACAUCGGCACCAGCAUCGCGGGGGACAACGCGGACACCGUCGACGUGAGCGGCCACGCCUCGGACACGGAGGACUAGGCAUGGCGCGACCAGGACCAGGAUGACGUCAAGAAGCUGAUUGAAUCAGCAUUCGGCAUUGCGAUGUGUCGUGCGUUUUGCCCACGCGUGAAGCGGUAGGGGUUCGAAGACGAAUUUCCAUGACGACCAUUCCGACGUCUGGGCACACAAUUAACCUGCCCGUUGUGAGGGUGCUUCGACCCUUCCCCCCACGCACCCUUCCGGGGUGACAGUCUUACGAUGAAGGGCAAAUGGAAAUAUUGAGGCCCAGGACCCUCAGGAUACCCGCACAUAUGCUGGGAUCACGAUAAGCAGACAACAUGUCACGUCUGGAGAAACAUAUCAGGUAUCAACUUCAUUUACCACUGAAACAAAAGCCAAUUACUAAAUCAGUAUUUUAAAACCCUUCAACCCAGAUUGAAAGGAAACCACACUGGUUUGAACAUUAACGAAAAUGUCAGAAGAUGUGCCAAAAUUAAAGAGUUUGAUGAAAGAGACAAGGCUCAAGAACAAACUUUAAUGAUGAACUGGACCCGUCACAUUUGCAUUGAAUGUUCUUCAAUGAAAUGAACUGUGAUGCUAAGUCAAAUUUUCUCAUCACUUGAGAAAAAGAAUCUCUCUUCCCAAAAAAUUCACUAAUUAAAAAUGCAAUGAAUUAUUAUAUGAUAGCAACUUUUGUAGGUGGCUUGUAAUUCUAAUUCUCAUGGUCUCUGGCUACCGGCUUGUCAAGUCCUUCUUGUGAGGGUAUUUGAGAUGUCUUUUUUUAUGUUGUUAAUUGGUAUCUGUGUUCUGUACAUUUCUGUAUGUAUUUUUAACCUGUUACUAUGUAUUGUAAGACAUUUUUGCUGUGAUGAAUCAUUCAUUGUAAAUAUUUAUAAAUUUUAUGAGCUAUGCGCUUUUAAACCAACAGAUAGUUUUGGGUUACAUACCAUGCGAAUAUUGACUGGUAGUUUCUAUCUCUUAAGUGACUAGUUUUGAUAGUUCUAAAGUUCUUUUCGCACAGACUCAACUGAAGAGGUUGGUCAACCAGACGCAACACUGUUUUUGCUAUAAGGGGCUUGAGUAAUAUAUAUAGGCUUCCCAUGUGAUUCCUGUGCUAUCUACACCAUAUCAAAAGCUAGCUUGCUGAAGAUUUACUCCUAGUAAUUCAAGGACCUAACACAUGAUGUGGAUCAAGAAAAAUGUCACAAAGUUACUUUGGAUUUGUCAACAUCUACUUACGAGACUGUUCUUUAUAAUCUCAGUUCAAGGCUUCUUUGUGCCAAAGUGCAUAGGGAGGGGGAAGCAGUCAGAGGAAAUAAAUCAAUAAAUUUACAACCAACACCAAAAUUUAAUUCUGUGUGAACUGAGUGGGCAAGUUGAAAUGCUGAACAUAAGUAUUUUCAGUUGAAAUCUUUGAGGUCUAAUCUAAGAGUCCUAUGACUCUAAGCUAAGUAACCCUCAUCAAGGCUUGACAGUAAAACUAUGAUAUAGAAAUCAAAAUUAAUGCCUAAGAAACAGAAAUAAACUUUAUUUUCUUUAUGAAGCUGAGAGAAGUUGAUUGAUCAGGGUAUCAAAUGGUUACAUUAAUGUCACUACUUUCAUUCUACUGCAGUAAGAAAUGUGAACUAUUUUCUUGUUGACUUAGCAUGAAGUAGUGACUCCUGUAGUGAGAAGUAUAUGUUUUAGACAGACACACCAAAACCAAUUAUAUGUUGCAAAAGAAUGGACAGACAAACAAAUCUCUCAUGUUGUUAUACUUGACCUUUCUAGAGACAAAAUAUUGCUGUUUUAAAUAUUACUAUAUAGUUGUUUUUACUGUUCUGUUUCUUCUUAGAUUUUAUAAAAUACUGUAAUUAUUGCAUAUGCGAUAUGUUUAUAGCUUGUGUAUUUUCAGGAAAACAGACUGUUGUCUAAAUUUUACUGUAAAAUUGAAAUGCUGAGCGUUCUAUAAAAUUUCCAAAGGCUUGUUUCAACACUUAAACAAUAACAUCAACAAAAAGCGAGUAUAAAACAAAACAUGCCUUUUGAAAUGAUCUAUGUUGGAAUUUGGAAACAUGCUAUUUAAUAAAUCCAUGCCUAUAUAUUUGUUGAAAA